AUGAAGCUUAUUGUCUUUGCGGUGCUCUUGGGUGCCGUCCACUGUAUUCCUGUCGAUAACGGCGUCGAAGGGGAGCCCGAAGUGGAGUGCGGCCCCACGGCUAUUACCGUCAAUUUCAACACUAGAAACCCAUUUGAAGGUCAUGUUUACGUGAAAGGGCUCUACGAUCAGCCGGAAUGUCGUAGCGACGACGGGGGAAGACAAGUGGCUGGAAUAGAACUUCCUUUUGAUACUUGUAACACCGCUAGAACCAGAUCCCUCAACCCUCGGGGAGUAUUCGUCUCCACCACCGUCGUCAUCUCCUUCCAUCCUCAGUUCGUGACCAAAGUUGACAGGGCCUAUAGGAUUCAGUGCUUCUACAUGGAGUCCGAUAAGACUGUCAGCACCCAGAUCGAAGUAUCUGAGCUGACCACCGCCUUCCAAACUCAAGUGGUACCUAUGCCAAUUUGUCGUUACGAAAUUCUCGAAGGAGGACCAAAUGGACAACCUAUCAAUUUUGCCACCAUCGGUCAACAGGUGUACCAUAGAUGGGUUUGCGAUUCCGAAACUAGCGACACUUUCUGCGCUGUGGUGCACUCUUGCACUGUCGACGAUGGAAAUGGUGAUACCGUGCAGAUUCUUGACGAAAAUGGUUGCGCUCUCGAUAAGUUCCUUCUCAACAAUCUGGAGUAUCCUAGUGAUCUUAUGGCAGGACAAGAGGCUCACGUCUACAAAUAUGCCGAUAGAUCCCAACUGUUCUACCAAUGUCAGAUCAGUAUCUCCAUCAAGGACCCCGGAAGCGAAUGUCCUCGACCUCAGUGUCCUGAACCCACUGGCUUUGGAGCUGUCAGACAAGGAACCGCAGCGGCACCAGGUACAGCAGCUGCUCCCGGAGGAACUGCACCAGCUCCGGCAGCAGCUCCAGCAGCACCGGCCGCAGGAGGAACUGCAGGAGGAGGAGCAGCUCCUGCCGCUCCUGCAGCUGCCCCCGCUCCUGCUCCUGCUCCUGCUCCUGCUCCAGCAGCUGGCGGUGGUGCCGCCGCGGCGGCGCCAGCUACGCUGAGGCUUCUGCGAAAGAGAGCAGUUAGCAAUGAAGCUAUCCUGGAUGUUAGAGCUGAGAUCAGCGCUAUUGAGAUCACUGAUCAGGACUCUCUGCCACUCUCACUUCGCUCUCUAACACCAGCUGCUCUGGUCAGCAGCGAACGUUACGACAGCUCGGUGUGCCUUUCGCCACUCUCCUUCGCCGCCUUCAUCGGUCUUGGAACUCUUCUGGCCACUGCCCUGUCGGCAGUCGUCUUCCACUAUGCACGUCCCCAUUACAAAUCAUGA